GUGUUCAAACGCUUCGUCGAGAUUGGCAGAGUUGCCUUCAUUUCCUUCGGGCCGCAUGCUGGCAAGCUGGUGGCCAUUGUGGAUGUUAUUGACCAAAAUAGGGCAUUAGUUGAUGGCCCCUGCAGUGGUGUCAGAAGGCAGGCUAUGCCCUUCAAGUGCAUGCAGCUGACUGACUUUGUUCUCAAGUUCCCUCACAGUGCUCGUCAGAAGUGUGUGCGACUUGCCUGGGAGAAGGAAAAUAUAAAUGCAAAAUGGGCAGCAACAAGAUGGGCGAAGAAGAUUGAAGCCCGAGAAAAGAAAGCCAAAAUGACUGACUUUGAUCGCUACAAGGUUAUGAAAGCGAAGAAAAUGAGAAACAGGAUCAUCAAGCACGAAAUGAAGAAGCUCCAGAAGAUGUCUUCUAAAAAAGGGAAGAAGUUAGAGAAGCCGGAGAAGGCACAGAAGCCAGAGAAGGCACAGAAGUCAGCAAAGGUGCAGAAGGCACAGAAGGCACAGAAAUAA